AUGUUUAUCGAAGCGAAAUAUCCAUUGGAGGGAAAACCUUCACCACCAAACGCAGUAUGGCCACAUCCACAACAAAUCACGAUCUCGAAUGAUGUACUCUAUAUUCGUCCUCAUGAUCUUAAAAUCGAUUCUAACAUUCGAUCAUGUGAUAUCAUUGCAAAAGCUAUUCAACGUUAUGAACCAAUUUUCUUUCCACCAAAACUUGCUAUGAAUCUACCACCGUCUAGUGCUAAUAAUAUCUUACAAAGCCUAACCCUGAACAUACCUGGUAAUGCACAAUGCGAACAAUACAUACAACAAAAUUCAAACGAAAGCUAUACGUUAACCAUCAGUCGUCAAAUCGCCAAUGUUGAAGCAACAACAGUUUGGGGUUUAUUACGUGGUCUUGAGACAUUUUCACAACUCAUCUAUAUUGAUCAACAGAACUAUGUCGUCAUCAAUGACUCGGUCACUAUCGUUGAUAGUCCUCGUUUUCAACAUCGUGGGGUUAUGCUCGAUAGUGCCCGGCAUUUUCUACCAGUAUCCAUCAUUAAAAAAAAUCUUGAUGUCAUGAGUUACAAUAAACUCAAUGUGUUUCAUUGGCAUAUUGUCGACGAUCAAUCGUUUCCAUUUCAAAGUACCACCUUUCCAAAUCUAUCUCGAACGGGUGCUUUUACACCAGAUCAUGUUUAUACGCCAGCUGAUGUCAGCGAUGUAAUUGAACAUGCUCGACUACGUGGGAUUCGUGUCAUUCCUGAGAUUGAUACACCCGGUCAUACGUAUUCAUGGCGUAAAGCGAUGCCUGAACUCAUAACUGUUUGUUGGGCUAAUGGGAAACCUAAUCAAGCAAUCUAUGGAACUCAGGCUGAAAUGGAAAUAUUUAAUCCUAUCGAGCCACGAGUUUACUCAACCAUGGAUUCUUUACUCCGAGAAGUAAAAAGUCGAUUUCCUUCGAAUUUCAUUCAUCUUGGUAUGGACGAAGUGUAUGAUAAAUGUUGGCUUUCCAAUCCUGAUAUCAAACAAUGGAUGAUUGAUAACAAUAUUAAUUCUUCAGUAGGUCUUCAUACAUUUUAUGCUGAUAGGAUUUUGAAUAUCACACGUAACAUCGAUGUUACACCUAUCGUUUGGCAAGAUGUUUGGGAUGAAAAGGUCGAAUUACCACCUGGCACAAUCAUACAAGUAUGGAAAGAUAGUAGUGAUAACAGUGCAUUCGGUUCAUGGGCUGCUUACUUGAAUGAAGCAGCGAACGAAGGUUACAAUGUAAUAUUGUCGAGUCCUUGGUACAUCAAUUACAUUAGUUAUGGAAAGUACAAUACAAAUACGUCGGUGAUGAAUUUAGAGUUUUUCAAAUACUAUGAGGUUGAACCACUGCGUGGCUUCACAGGUUCGGAUGAAGCGAAGAAACGAAUUCUUGGUGGAGAAGCUUGUUUAUGGGCUGAAUUCGUCGAUGGUACAAAUCUAUUAGCACGUUUGUGGCCUAAAGCAUCUGCUGUAGCCGAGCGACUGUGGAGUGCUGCAAGUGUGAAUAAUUCUGAAGAUGCUCAAUUUCGAUUGGACGUUCAUCGAUGUCGUCUUUUAAGACGAGGAAUUCCUGCUCAACCAAUUUUGAAUGGUUAUUGUGGAAACUAUGAAGUAGGUAUGACAAGAUCGAUGGUGAACGAUCUAGCUUUCAAUUAUGAAGAUGCCCCUCCAGUGGGUAAAUCGUUUUAA